AUGUUGAGGAUACUUCAACUUAAUCUCAACCACUGCGAGGCUGCACAGGAUCUCCUAGUGCAGACCAUCCAUGAGCAAGAUAUCGACGUUGCUAUCUUGUGUGACCAGCAUCGGAAUCUAGUGUCACCUCAUGUGUGGAUAUCGGAUGCCAAUGCACAGACGGCAAUCUGGGUGCGUGGAAGCAUACCCGUGCAGAAGCGAUCAACAGGCACCACGCGACUGUAUUCCUGGGUACAAAUCGCUGACGUCUACAUCUUCAGCGUAUAUGCUCCACCAAGCCUCUCAGACGGCGAAUUUUCAUCUUUACUCGCCAGCAUUAUUGCGGAGGCCAGAGGAAAAAGACCCAUCGUCAUAGCCGGAGACUUUAAUGCUUGGGCAGUGAACUGGGGUAGUAGAGAGACAAGGCCACGGGGCGAAAUUCUGUUAGAUGCUGUGGCCGCCCUUGACGUUAUCCUGCUCAAUAGGGGGCAGACACCGACCUUCGUUGGGCCCCAGGGCUGCUCCAUGAUUGACCUCACAUUCAGGCAGGUUUGCUUCUUCCACCGGAUCUCGUUUUACCACUUGAUGAUGAGGACAGUGUAUGCUUGGACAAGCCGGGAGCAAGAAAUUGACCGUCCGGCACCGCCAUCAGGGCCGGCCAAGAAGAGGGUGAGGAAAGAGACGAAGAGGUCUCUUUUUACCACAAACCCAGAAGAAAAGGACAGCCCAAACAACAGCCCCACCUGGGCAGUUGUUGCGAGGAGGGGAAGAGGAAAGAAGAAAGUAAUGGAGAAAACAUCCAAGGCUCCAUUAAUGGUGAACCCUACCUCUGAAGUCUCGGUUACUCGGAUCGUAAAGCAGGCGAGGCGUAUACGAGCCAGGCCUGAUGUCGUAGUGAUGAAGGCGAAGGACCCAUCUACCUAUGCGGACAUUCUGCGUCGCCUGAGGACCGAACCAAUGUUGUAUGGCGAAGUUGGAAAAAACGUCAACAAAAUCAGACGCAGCGCAGCCGGUGACCUUCUACUGCAGCUUGGCAGAGGGUCGAAGGACGCCACCAAAAUAGGAGAAAAGCUAAACGAGGUAUUUGGAGAACUUGCCACGGCUAGCGCCCGGACGCACGUUACCCUUGUCGAGGUAAGGGAUCUUGACGAGGUUGCCACCAAGGAAGAAAUUUGCCGAGCUCUUAAAGCACAGCUCAGUGACUGCCCCCCGCUGUCUGAGAAGGCCUCUCCCAGCUCCCCACAAUUAGUGCGCAGGGCAGUCAGUGCACUGUUCCCCACAGUGCAUGACCCCCAAAUUGUUCCACAACCCCGGCCAAUUAUAGAGGAAGUUCCUACCGUCACCAGGAAUGAGCUCCAGAGAGCCUGUGGGAGAGUGAGAGAUGCGGCUGCGCCAGGACCAGAUGGCAUACCUAACGCCGUCUUGAAGGUCGCCAUAGAGCUCCACCCUGACAUCUUCGAGCGGGUGUUUACAAGAUGUCUACAAGAGGGUGUAUUCCCGACACACUGGAAACGCCAGAGGCUGGUCCUCACCUUGAAGCCAGGCAAGCCAGCUGAGGAACCUUCCUCCUACCGCCCGCUUUGUAUGCUGGACACAAUGGGCAAGAUUCUCGAAAGAAUCAUUGCAGACCGGCUUGAGACAUGGACGGAAGACCCAGCUGGUCUUACCAAAGCACAAUUCGGAUUUCGUAAGGGACGAUCCACGGUGGACGCCAUCCAGAUGGUGAUCAACAUGGCUCGAGAGGCCAUCUCUGGCAAGAGAUGGAAGCAUGGAUCUAAAAAAUACUGUGCCAUAGUCACACUGGACGUGCGAAAUGCUUUUAAUUCGGCAAGAUGGAACAACAUCCUCAGUGCCCUCCGACAGUUCAACAUCCCGGAGUAUCUGUUGAGGAUAAUCUCAAGCUACUUCCAUGGCAGGGUGCUGGAAUUCCGCACGGACGAUGGCCCGGAGACCUAUGACGUCACAGCCGGGGUGCCUCAAGGAUCGGUGCUUGGCCCCAUUCUAUGGAAUGUCAUGUACGACAGGAUUCUUCGGCUGAACCUCCCGGGGUCGGCGAAGGUUGUUGGAUUCGCCGACGAUAUCGCAGUGGUCAUCGCGGCUAAACACCUGGAUGAAGUCAUUUAUGAGGUCAACAGUGCCAUUCACCAAGUGCGUGAGGCACUAACAGACCUGGGGCUUGAAACGGCGGACCAGAAGACUGAAGCCCUGCUCGUCACUAGCAGGAAGGCGAUGGAGACCAUCACUCUAAGAGUGGGUGACUGCGAUAUCGUGUCGGCUCCCUCCAUCCGAUAUCUGGGGGCACAGAUAGAUGCCAGAUUGACCUUCAAAAAACACCUGGCAAAGGUCUGGGACAAGGCUUCCAAGGCGGCGGGAGCCCUCUCGGGUAUAAUGCCGAAUAUCGGGGGCCCGAGAAACAGCCGACGAAGAUUGUAUGCAAGCGUCAUCGAUUCCAUCCUCCUCUACGCAGCGCCUAUUUGGCACGACGCUGUUGAGACGCGAACAUACUUCCAUCAGGCAGAUGCAAUCCACAGACGAGCUUGCCUGCGUGUGAUCUGCGGAUUCAGGGAUAUAUCCUAUGAAGCUACCUACGUUCUAGCCGGCAUACCACCACUAGCGUUGCUUGUUGAUGAGCGCUCAAGAAUGUAUCACCGAUGUCCCACGGAUGGCAGAGAUGUGGAACGCUCAAUAACUGUGGAAUCGUGGCAGGUGCGAUUGGACCAAUCAACCUAA